UAGCAACUAAAAAAUUCGACACUACCAAUUUAUAUUCGGUGUCUUAUGUUUUGUAUAGUAAUACGGCCAUAGUGCGGCUUUGAUCGCUCCUCUGAAGCGCGGUGGUCGCGCGGCAAGGUAGAUAUCGAAAAACCUUCUCUGCGGAACGUCCGAUUUAAGCUAAAAACAAUCACGCGCCACAAACAGAAUGUUCGCGGGCCGCGUGUUGCCGACCGCCACGCCGCGCUGGUCUAAAACGUGGUGAUUAUAUACUCUUUGAUUAAUCUGGCAACACUGCUUGCCAGCCGUUGUAUUUUGAAAUUUUGACUGGUGUAUUAUUAGCGCCGUAUUACAUACAUUUCUUGUAAAUAAAUAUUACAUAGUAAUUGCAGACUCAAUAAAAACAUUGAAUAAUCUUACUCUCAAUAUAAAGAAAAAAGGUAUUUAUAAUGGGUGGUAUUGAAGACGAAUGGAAUUUAAACUUACUUCUUGAAGAUAUUGAGUACAGCAGUUUUGCAGAGUUUGAAAUUUGUUUUUCAAAUAUACACACAGCGAUUAAUACGCUUUUGGACAAUGCUUUUAAAUUAGAAAAAUCAAAAAAUACAAAGUUUACAACAGAAAGCUAUGACGAAGAACUAAAGUAUCUUUGCGACAAAAAUAAAAUACUGAAACAAGAACUUGACGCAUUGAGUGAACAAAUUUCCAAAAAGCAAUUACAAUAUGAAGAACGUAAAAAAGAUGUGAAACUGUUUGAACAAGAAAUCAAAGACAGACAUGAGGCAUUCCUAAUGGCAAAGAAAAAUUACAAAAAAAUAUUGAAGAUUUAUUUUACUAUUGAGUCAAAAGAUGCUGAAAAGGAAACAAUUUUUAUACAGUUUUUCACAGAAGCCCGAAAAGAGUCUGAAAAUUAUUCUGUUCGUCUUGUAAAGGACACCAAGCUGGGUCACUUUCAAAUAUUGAGUACAACACCAAAUCUUGAAGAAUUCAAAGAAAUUAAGAGAAAAUUGCUAGAAACCAAUGAUGUUCCUGGUGCACUGUGUAGUAUAAGGCAGGCUUUCAAGACACUGAAGUCAAAUAAAAAACACAAUUUAUUGUAAGGUAUAUUAUAUUAAAUAUUUAUAUAUACAUGUAUAUAACGGUUGAAUUUUAAACCCAAUUGUCACAUUGUCCCUAACAAUGGGAAAUGUUAUACAUUGUUAACAUUAAGUUUGAAAUGGUUUGUUAUAUUUUACUAGCACAUAGAGACUUCAAAUUCCAGAAUAUCAUCAAUUUAGUAAAUUUCAGACAGAUGGUCAGAAUUGUGCCAACUGGCAAGAGAACAGGAAUAAUCAACUCCUGUCAGUCUGAACACUAUCCAGAUACCACUCCACUUACCAUGAGGUGCAGUGGAUUAAAAAAAUAAAUUUUAAUCUAAUUUUCAAGAACUGCAUAUUUGUGUGAGUAAAACGGAAAUGGGCGCUUAGUGUUAUAGGAAGCCACAGGUUUUAGAUGGGCGCAAUGAGAUCAAGUUUAAUGCAUUCAUUCAUUUUGACUUCAAUUCAACCAGACAUAAAAAAUACUUUAUUGCGGAAAUACCAAUUCUUGCAACUAAGCUAAGACUGGAUUUAAUUGUAAAGGAAAACAUUAGGAAAACCUUAAUAUACAAUUAUACAUUAUACACAUCGAAUAACAUUAUACAACAUAGGAAUACGGCCGACCGCCGAUUCCCACAUGCUAUCCAAGUCGCUAACUAAGCGCCAAUAGUAAACAUCCGUUAUAAAAAAAAAACUUUAUAAUUAUGGAUUAAUUGUUUUCAUUCCUGAAAUAGCAGGUAGAAACUAAAUGCAGUAUGUCCUGCCAGAUUUUCAGUGAUCUGACUAGCAUAAAGAUAAAUGAGAUUAAUUAUAAUAAAAACUAGUCUUCUACGUUCGUAUUGUUCAAUUUGAUUUAUUUUCCCAAUUAAAUGGUUUACUAAUUAUGAACAGCGUUAGGGUCAUGUACCAUGUAAACACUCACGCGAUGUAAAAAUAAAGAGAGUAAAAUUACACGCAUUGUUUACGAUCCAGUAAGAUUUUAUCAUAUGUUUUAAUUUCUGAUGUGGGAUUGAAACAUUUGUCUCUUUUUGCGUUAAUAGGCGAUUAACGCACUGUCAAUUCAUAAAAACAAAUGUUACAUUACUUAAUAAAACGCUGUUUUCUGUUAUUCUUUAUUACUUAAGAUUUUUUUUUACUUCAGUACAUAUUUUUACAUUGAUAACGCAUUUAGAGUAUUUUAUCAUUUUUUGAAUUGUCUUAUUUUGAACUUAAGAUAUGUAUAAACCACCAGAAAUUUUGUUUCAUUUUUGAGAAAUCCGUAAGUGCCAAAAAAUCAUUAAAUUUUAUGUUUUAAAUUUCCACACGAAAGCGCUAGCCACCAUGCUGCCUUGGUUAGUGACAUUAUUCGAUAUUGUACAACAGUUGUCAAAGGUCAUUUGUCAAAUAUAAACAAAACGUGUGUUUCAAGUUCGCAAAACCAUCUUCUAUUGUACGAUAUUUAUAAAAAAAAAAAUUACAAGUCUAUCAAUAAACAAUUAUUUCGAAAAUCCUUAAUCAAAAUACUAGAAUGGUAAAUGUAUAGUGAUGGCAUGAUAAUCGUGAUUACCGCUUUACGCUUUUGUAGAACAGACAAUAUCAUCUAUUUUUAUGAAUAAACAUUAAAAUAUUUUGAUUGUGUAAGGGAACGAGCAUCUUAUUAAGUUUGAUUGCAGAUAUAGUAAAAUACCCUAUUAUUAUAAUCAUAAAUCAUUGUCCAUGCUUGUUGAUCAAGUUCGAUGAAUUUUCUUAUAAGUAAAAAGACUUCAUGUCAUACAUCAUAACUGUAAUAACUAGAUUUUAACAAACAACGAAGAAACUAUUAAAAAUACUUUUAAUCGAUAUGCUGUAUUAUAAGGUCUAAUUAUUUUUAUAUUAAUGUUUUGCUGUUUACACUCUUUCUGGAUGUUUAUUACCUCUUACAGUAUUAAUAAAAUGUUCAUUACAAAUAUCGAUAAAGUAAAACAGGGCGAUAAGUUCGCUUCCUGUCAUGAAAUAAACUUGGACAGAAGUGGGUGCUCUGAUUGAGCCUUUACCGUGUCCACCUUUCCAUGUUAAGACACAUAAAUUGAAUUCAUGAACUACUGGACCAAAACCUUGUAGCCAACUAUUUAUUAUUAUAUGGAAUUCGACCGAUAUAAGAAUUAAAAAGUAGGGAAAUGCAAUUACGCAGAAAUUCAAGUGUUUUUUUUGUCUGGGGCGCUCUCAUAAUUCCCCUGGAAAGUAACACACGAUACCCAUGCUUUAGUUGCAAUAAAUAAUUUAGUCAUACAUUUUAAUGGAAUAUGUAAAUUAUGAAGUAGUUACAUUAGAGACUCGUUUAACCAAACAGUAGUUUUCAAUAAACGAUCCCAAUCGCAAUCUUCAAUCGAUUUCGAGAAUAAACAUAAAUUAUAAUUUGUAAGCAUAUCAAAAGAAACUUCGUUUUGAUUGGUAAAUUUUCGUAAUAGAUCGUCGAAAAAUCAGAUCGGGAUAUUUUAUUGAAAUUGGCGGUAAAUAAUUACGUGAGUCAAGUAUGGCCUCGAGAAAUAUAACCAACAUUACGCAGCCUACUUACUUAUGGAAGACCUAUAUUUUAAAAUAAUGUAAUAUAAAUGUAUGGAAACAGAUUCAACAUUACUUUGGAGAAA